UUCAAAUAGCAAAAUGUGCGACGACGAAGUAGCUGCAAUAAUCGUAGAUAAUGGAUCUGGAAUGUGCAAAGCGGGAUUUGCUGGUGAUGAUGCUCCUCGUUCGGUUUUCCCAUCCGUAGUCGGAAGAUCGCGACACCAGCCUAUUAUGGUUGGUAUGGGUAACAAAGAUAGUUAUGUUGGAGACGAAGCGCAAAGCAAACGAGGUAUUUUAACUUUAAAAUACCCAAUAGAACAUGGUAUCGUUACUAAUUGGGAUGAUAUGGAGAAGAUUUGGCACCAUACAUUCUAUAACGAGCUUCGUAUUGCCCCCGAAGAACACCCUGUUCUUUUAACGGAAGCACCCCUCAACCCUAAAGCAAACAGAGAAAAGAUGACUCAGAUAAUGUUUGAAACCUUCAAUACUCCAGCAAUGUAUGUUGCAAUUCAAGCAGUGCUUUCUUUAUACGCUUCUGGACGAACGACGGGUAUCGUUAUGGAUUCUGGUGACGGUGUGACCCACACUGUACCUAUUUAUGAAGGUUAUGCACUUCCACACGCAAUCCUGAGACUCGAUUUAGCUGGCCGAGAUCUUACAGAUUAUCUAAUGAAGAUUUUAACAGAACGUGGCUACUCUUUCACCACUACCGCUGAAAGAGAAAUCGUACGCGAUGUUAAAGAGAAACUUUGUUAUAUAUCAUUGGAUUUUGAACAAGAAAUGGCUUCAGCAGCUGCUUCUUCCUCCAUUGAAAAGACUUACGAGUUACCUGAUGGUCAAGUGAUGAAUAUUGGAAAUGAAAGAUUCCGCUGUCCAGAAUCACUCUUCCAACCCUCUUUCCUUGGCAUGGAGUCCUGUGGCAUACACGAAACUGCUUAUAAUUCGAUCAUGAAGUGUGAUGUCGAUAUACGUAAGGAUCUAUAUUCCAACAUUGUUCUCUCUGGAGGAACCACUAUGUUCCCCGGUAUUGCGGAUCGUCUUCAGAAAGAAAUAACUACUUUGGCUCCAACAACGAUGAAAAUUAAAAUCAUCGCUCCACCCGAAAGAAAAUAUUCUGUCUGGAUCGGUGGAUCCAUAUUAGCAUCGCUUUCUACUUUCCAACAAAUGUGGAUCUCAAAGCAGGAGUAUGAUGAAUCUGGACCGAGCAUCGUUCAUAGAAAAUGUUUCUAAAUUUAGACAAAUUAGCUG